AUGUAUCAAUGUGUGAAAAAGUCCAAUUAUUAUUUAUGGAAUACCAAUUUUGAGAAGGCCAAAGAAUUUUGUGUUCCGCAUCAACACAUUCCUCGGAUUGCUCUCAAUUAUUCCUGUAUUAAUAGUUUCUUGGCUGGAAUUUCAGGUGAAAGUUCAGCUCGUGACAAAGCUUUUGCUGAUCUCGAACAAGCAGAACAAUCUCUUAAAAAUUGUUAUUACAAGGAAGAUAUUUUGAAACUCAUUGAACAAGUGAAGGAAUUGAAUAAGGAAUGUGUCAGUCAAACAAAUCAAAAGAGAGAUGUAAAUGCAGUGGCCACUGAAGAGGAUUUUGAUAUUAUUACCAAUACUGAACAUGCAAAUUAUAUGGAAUUGGAGAAAAUGACACCUGAUCAACAAUAUUUUAAUUAUGAAUUGGAUUUAAAGUUGUGUGACGCUGAGAAUCACUUGUUGAGAGGACUCUUGCAAUUUAUGGGUGGAUCUUAUUUGAAAGGUUUUUACAAUUUAAGAAAAUCUUAUUUGAAAUAUAAGGAAGUUUAUCAUCAAGCAGAAAGUUUGAAGAAUGAAUCCAAACAAUCCAACAAGUUUGUUCAUAGUGACGUUUUAUUUGGUUCUUAUUUUGGAAUGGGCAUGUUCAACUUUAUCCUUAGCGUUCUUCCACCCACCCUUGCCAAAAUUUUAAGCGUUCUCGGAUUCGAUGCAGAUCGUGAACUCGGACUCGAUCUCAUGACACAAUGUUCUCAAUAUGGAGGUCUCCAUUGUGGCCACGCCUCAUUCAUGUUGUGCAUUAAUUACUUGUUUGUUCCAAGAGCAUUCAAUGGACGUCAACAAAAUCUCACCAAAGUGAAGCCCAUUCUCGACAUGGUGACACGGGCUUAUCCCAAUAGUGUUUAUUUCAAGUUUGUCAUUUCACAUUAUGAUUUAAAGGCUGGAAAUUUGGAAGGAUGUUUGAAUAAUAUUCGACAAUGUGUCAAUGGAAUUCAACAAGGAACUUGUUACACUCCAUACAAUUAUUUGACCGAGUUGGGCAUUGGAUUAAUGUUGAGUUUGAAAUUUGAAGAGGCUGAACAAAUGUUGUCAGAUAUUGUGGAAAAACAAGAACACAUGUUUGACAGCAAAGCGAAUUGUGCACUCUUCUUGGUCGUGUGUCGAAUUUUUAAAGGAGAUUUAAAGAGAGCGAAUGAAUUAAUUUCCAAAUUAUCAGAUCAUGUCUCUAAAAGUAGCAAACUCUUGUCUGAAAAUAUUGAACUCUUAAAGUAUGUGAAGAGUGACGAUGAGAAACAACUCGUCAUGGUCUCCUCCUUCUUCCAAUUGUUAUAUUUGAGAAGAGAUUUAGCGAAUUUGAAACCUUCACAAAUUGAACCCUUAUUUGAAUUAUUUAAAAAGUACACAGAAGGUGUUGUGAUGGAUGAAAAAUCCAAAGUUCAUGGAGAUGUUUAUGCUGGAAUGGCAGUCAUUCGUGCUCAAGUCUACAAUGUGUUGGGAGAUCAUGAAAAGAGUUUACAAGAAUUUCACACAGCUCUCUCCUAUGAACACAAAAUCAAAUUUGAAAAACAAUGGAUUGCAUUCUCAUACUAUGAAUUGGCAGAAAACAAGUAUUUGAAUGAGUACAAGAGGGAAAUGAGUCAUCCACCACACGAAGAUGUUGCUGCUUCUGCUUCUUUAUUGAGUGAAAGCAAAAAGAAACAACUGAUUGACAUGCUACACGAUGUGAAGGAUAAUCUUGUCAAGUGUAACAAGUACAGUGGAUAUCCAUUUGAAGAAGUUUUACAUACACGAGCCAAGUUGGCUUUGAAACAAGUGGAAGAGGAUCUAAAAAUAAUAUCACAUUCUCGUCAUCAUUGA